UGCGGCAAGAUGGAAUGUGACUCCAGUUGACAACGUGACCUCCUAUCAAUCGGUUCAACAUUCGGAUCUUGCGCUUACUCUUAUUGUCAUAAAUAAAACCUGGCGUGGAACCAGGCUGGUGUGCGACGUUGGAAGAGAUGUAAGGUUGUCUUCGUAUCAUUAAUGAUUAUUAAAAGGAUGUGUGGUUCAUCUCUGUAGACGGGAGGAGAGCAGCCAAUCAAUGCCAUUAGAAAUGAUGGGGCUAUUCUCCCGACGGGUAUCUGUUGAAUUAUGGAGGCUAUGGAGUGUUUCUGGGACUCGACAUUUUUCCAUUGGGACCUUUCCCACUGGACAAGUCUGCUCUUCCCGCAGCUUCAGCUCUGGGCGUUACCUAAGGACAGAUGCAUCCCAGCCGGACCAGGGGGACAAAAUAGAUUUGGACUUGUGGAAGUCUGUGAUGAGGUCCCAGACAGCAGUGGAUGAAAGCAUUGAGGAAGAUAAAGAGCAGGUGAAGAAAGGGGACUCGACAGAUUCUCCAAGUGGCUGCGUGCUGGCGGCGACUCGGGAGCUGGUCUCCAUGUGGCGCCAGGCUGGGAAGCUGGUUCCAGACAAGAUAACGGACGAGGAUGUCAAGACGCUAGCAGAACUCACAACCAAGUCUUCCAAGAAGAAGUACCUAAAAUUCCUAGCCAUCCGGGAGGGCCACAAGAAUAAAAGCAAGGAGAAGCAAGAGAAGAAGAGGGCCGAGAGGGAGCAGAGAUUGGCCGAGUUCCCCGAGACCUUAGAAAACCGACCGCCCGUCAAGAACUCGUUCUUGAUGCAGUACCGCGAUCACUGGCUCGACCGUCUGCUGGGGUGGCGCGGCGCCCAGGCCAUGAACUUUGGUCAGCCGCUAGUAUUUGACAUGAGCUACGAGGCGCACAUGACCCCGCAGGAGUUGACGAACUCUGUGUCCCAGAUGUUGGAGGUGGAAAGUUGCAACCGCCGGUCCUUGGACCCCUUCCAUCUCCACCUCUGUAACCUGCAGCCAGAAGGGGGCUACCGGCAGCAGCUGGUCAAACGCUACGGCGAGGACGCCUGGGACCGCCUCCUCAUCACAGAGACACCACAGCGCCAUGUGGACGUGUUUCCUCAGGAACAGCUCGUCUACCUCACAGCUGACUCCCCCAACGUCCUACGGACCUUCGACCCGUCCAAGGUGUAUGUGGUUGGUGCGAUGGUGGACCGCUCAAUCCAAACGGGACGGUCCUUUGCCACCGCUAAGCGGCUGCAGAUGGCAACAGCGCGCCUCCCACUGGACCAGUUCCUCCGCUGGGAGAUCGGGGCCAAGACCCUGACGCUGGACCAGAUGAUCCGCAUCCUGCUGACCAUCAAGGACACCGGCAGCUGGGAGCAGGCACUCGCCUUCGUCCCCAAGAGGAAACACGACGGGUUCUACCAGGAAAAAAGGCAGAGUGAACGGGGCGGAACCGCAGCCAGGGACCGUGGAGACAGAUACCCCCAGAGGGACCAGAGAGAGCGUCAGGGUUCGGCUCGUGAGCCUUGGGGUGCUGGGAGAGGUGGUCAGGACCGGGGGGUAAGUGGCAAGGGGGUGGGGAUGGCCUGGGAGAGAGAGUAUAAACAGCCUGUUACCAGGAUACGAUCAUCCCAGAACAGCACGUCAGAGGACAGAAGGAGGACCGACAAGACGCGGACACCGUGGUAUCAGCAGGACUAAAGACCUCUAGAGUUGGUCUUAGACCUGGACAUUAUUGUUCCCAGUCUGUUCUACUGUCCCUCACUCUGUUCUAGAACGUAUGUUCUAUACUGAACUGAGGAUGGACAAGGUCUUCUAGUUCUGAGCUUGUUGUGAUCAGAAUCCAUUUUGAAUAAAACAAUCUAUGCACUGCUGGGUGGAAUUAUAAAUCCAUCGUAGGAACAUGUUAUAAAUGAAGCGCUAUUUGAAUAUGAAUGUAAAAGACAAGAUAGAGUUUGAAAAUGGUGUAGUAUAUCAAGGUAAAUAGAGGAUAUAAAAGUAUAUAAACCUUGUUUAUUGUGGUUUGAGACACAAAUCAGAUACUAAUCAUUGAGUAGAACAUUAGCAGAUCAAAGUAUACAAUACUGUUGGGGCAGGAUCACUCAAAUUAAGUUCCAAUAAAUUACCUGAAGACAAAUCUCCAUAUGCAUCAUACAACACCUGGCCUAAACCAAUAUACACACAACUUUGAAAUACGUUUGAAAUGCAAAUAAAACCGUCAUAAAUAAAAAAUACUGCAUAAACACACAAGCGACAGUGCCAUGGUCGUCUGGAAGACUGUUUGAGAUCCAAGUGGAGCUACAGGAUCUCCGUCCUGACCUCCAAGAGAAGAAAAAGCGAACGAAAGAAAUGCACACGCUCCUCAUUAUUAAAAAUGUACUGGAAAAAAGGCAAUACAAAUAUGUAGGAUUAGCACAUUCCUUUCACAUUUGUAUUGCCUUGCUGUGUUGAUACGUUGUAAGUAAUUUGAAUAUGACCAAUUACAUUUUAUAUGCUUUUUUAUUUUUCCCUGGUAGGUAAAAGCGUUUUCAACUGAGUACUACGCUGCUAAUUUGGGCCAGUUAAAAAUAGACCAGCGAUCUUGACCAGGAUUGAAAUAAAAAAGGAUAACGCGUUUAUAAAAUUUAAAUGACCAUCAUAGUAACAUGAUAUUUACGGAGCUGACGAGUUGGUAAAUAGGCCUCGGGACCGACUGCCUUUCCACACAUCACCUAGUAAGACCAUAGUUCCCAGAGUUCAUUGCUGCAUUCUGAAUGUGGCAUCUGGAAUGAACUAGAUCUGCUGGGGGGGCAGGGGACUAGAGCACGAUGAUGUCUCCUGAGCACCGCUCGCAGCAGUUAAACGUUAUGUUCUCGUAUCGUGUGUACGGAUGGAACCUCCCGAUGCUCUUCUGAUUGGCCAGGAAGCUGGUUGGGGCGGAGUCAGAGAAGGAGGGCUCCUCUUCACUGUUUGGGGGGGAGACAGGGGCCAGAGUCUUCAUCACCUAGGAGGAGGAGGAGAAACGGGAUCAGUAAUGGACCUACCAUGUGGAGUUUAUGUUUUGUGUUAACUUCAUGGUGGACAGAGAAAAAGUUUCACUGUCAACAAUGAAACGUCAUCAUACAAUGAUAUAUCAUUGUGUGUCCUAGCUAAGAAUUUAAAGAGGGUUUAUUAGCAAUAUGUAGUCGACAGCCAUGCUAAUUUAAAACAGUGAUUAUAUAUCCCAACCAUGGGAAUCACAACCUUCUCUCUCCCCCCCAACCAGCCCUGCACCAUUGUGCCUUGAGCAGCUUAACAAGGAACAUCAUAAAUAGAGACAGAGUGAAACUGCUUUUGACGAUAAGAAAUUAGUAUAAAGUUGCCAAAACAAAAAGGAAAACAGACAGAGAACUGGGCAUUGAUAAAUAUGCAGAGAUACUACAGCAAAGUACUAUCCUAAGAUGACUAUAUAGCCUAUAUAUCUAAGAUGCGAGUCACUGGCAUAAGGUUGUCAGUGGCUGUUGGUAGAAGGACUUGACAGCAACGCAACAAUCGUAGACUACGUCAUUGCUUUCAAAACUCUGUUUCCAUGUCUACCCUGUCCAGACUAGAACGAUAAAGAUUAUAUACAGAUCAUAAAUAUAUGCCAAAUGAC